UCUGUGGAGGGUGGGACCUGCGUUUUUGAGAAUGGAGAACGUUCUUGGUCUUCUCAUAAUUGGGGUGCGAAGAGGCAUAAAUCUUGCAGUUCGUGAUAUUGGAAGCAGCGAUCCUUAUGUCAUCAUCACCUCGGGACGCCAGAAACUGAAGACUAGAGUGGUGAAAAGAAACUGUAAUCCUCAAUGGAAUGAAGAUUUAACUCUUACCAUCACAGAUAUCCAUGCUCCAAUAAAAUUAGAAGUUUAUGAUAAGGACACAUUCACGGGGGAUGACAAGAUGGGCGACGCAGAAAUUGACAUCAGACCGUAUAUAGCGAGUCUCAAGAUGGGGUUCCAAAAGCUCCCAAAUGGCUGUGCACUCAAGCGAGUUCCGCCAACCAUGAGCAACUGCCUUGCUGACGAGAGCAGCAUUGUUUGGAACAAUGGUGAAAUCACCCAAGACAUGCUUAUUAGAUUGAGGAAUGUAGAGAGUGGUGAAGUGGAACUUCGUCUUAAGUGGGUUCAUAUUCCAGGUUGCAAGGGAUUGGAAAAUGAAGAUUCAGGAAGCCCGCAAUACAUUAAAGGAGAGACUUUCACGAUAGGUAAAAAGCACUCAUGAGCUGGCAUUAUAUCCAACUUAAAAAUCUUAAAACUUAAUUUCCUACUUAUUCAUGUUACAUCUGCUUUGUUUGAAGAUAAAUAAAUAAAUAAAUAAAAGUUUUUUAUUC